GCAUGUCGAUGUUUCGCAAUACCCAUCGAACCCCAAAGACAGCCAGCCGACAUCGAAGCACGCUUUUGCUGCCCGUUGUAGUCAUAUUCCCCGUAAUAUUUCUACAAUGAGUGGCUGCUAGGUUCAAUGCUUAGCGCGGGGAUCAAUGUCCUGAGACAGGCCGGGGGAUACCGAGCACUCGCUCAUUUGGUUCCUGAUGGUGUAUUUGAACCGCUAGGCGGAAGGCAUGGCAGGGAGCACAGUGCCUCCAAAACGGAGUGGCGAGGGUUCAGAAAUGAAGUAAUCGAGGUCCCUCGCCAGGAGAUUCCGACGGAUCCGGCUCUCCUGAAAGCCCUGCCGACAGGCUUUCACGACAUGACGGAUCUUGAGCAGCAGGAAGAGAUUUGGAUAGUGCUGGAAGAGGCGCGUCUCGCCAAGGAAGAGUGGAAGCCACCGAACCCCGGCAAGCACGAGGCCUAUGUCCACGACUACCCUCCCUAUUCGCCAUCUAAAGUGCUGGGCAUGUUACACCGCUGGCGCACCCAUGCCUGGACCCCUUCACAAUGGCAACUCGCUCGUGCCAUCGCCGGCAACAAGACCCUGCGCCUCCCUGUGCUGGCAGCACAGGCCUUUCUCCGGCGACAUACCCUUCUCGCUCGUCGUCGUGGCGUUGAGCUAAAGAUGGGCAGGUAUUUGGGCCCUACCCACGAGUGGAAAUCGAGACUGGCCGAGCUCGAAAGCCGGUUUGGCAUCACCGAGGCCGACAUCAAGCAGUGGCUUUGGAUUCUCUCUCCAUCGAGCGGAGACGUCAAGCUCCAGAGAUUCUUCAGCAGCAAAUGCCGCAAGCCCCUGUUUCUUCUGCAGGUGCUUCUGGCCAGGGACAAGAAAAUCCACGAGCCCGCUACCUUCCUUAGCUUGCUACAGUACGUAAGGGAGAACUAUGUUCUGGCCGACCGCCCGCAGGACGAGCUGGAGCAUCCAGCCUACAAGGACCAGGGGAAAGCCGUGACGUGGUGGCAUUACGUAGUCUUUCUCUAUCGACUCGUGUGGCAUUGUCGGGAGGGGUGGCCGGCGGCGAUGCCGUUGCUUGCUCGCCUCACCGCCGACUACAUCUCCACGAUGCGUCUCGACACCAGAGCCCGGGCACUGACAGGCUAUCAGGCCCGAUCCCUCGUCUUGAAUAAGGCACUUCGCUACUUUUCGUGGCCCGCCCGCGUCCGCCCACUGGACCACAUGGAGCACAACUGGGCAGCCCAACGACAUCUUUUGCGCCUCGCCGCGACCACCGAGCCGCCGCUUGUAAUCGACCAGCACGGGUACCGCGCCGUCAGGGAGGUCUUGAUUGCCUUAAGCAAGAGCAAGGGAGAGGCCAAGAACGUCGACCGUGCCGCCAAGACGUGGCCGCCGUACCGGCGGACUGUGGAUGGGAUAGACGAACGCCGCGAUCCCGAGGACGACCUGAGCAGAAGCGCCAAAGCCGGCUUGCUCGUCCGCGCAGCGGGCUACAACGAUGAUAUCGUCGAUCGGGCGAUCAGUGCCCUGGCUGGCUCGACGUUUGGCAGUUCGCCCACGAUCCAGACGAGAUCCCUGGCUCCGCAUUUCUUCUCGGGUGCAUUGGCCAGCCACAACAUCUACGCCGAGUGGGCUGCGCAUGUGAAGGCCACGAGAAAUGCUAGGGAAGCGUGGAUGGUUUUCGAAAACCCUCCGGAACCGGGACUUCGGCCGGACGUCAAAGUGUACGGCCAAAUGUUUGAGAAGCUCUAUGCCCGUCCAGUCACAGAUUCGCCGGUGAUCCGGCCGGGUGACGCCAAGGAGGUGUUCCCCGUGCACGAUGGCAACCUCAGCGAGUUCGAAAUUGCCCGGCUCACGCCGCCGAGCCCCGAAGAGCUCUACGACUACAUGCUGCUCCAUGACAAGCUCAAACCCGCCGGGCACUGCCUCGCGGUUCUCGUUCGCAACGCCCCUUGCAAAACGACGGCAUUGCGAUACUUGAGCGACAGCCCCUACGAGCCGUACAUCGGGGCGCUCAGGGUACCGGUGUCCAACAUGGAUGCCGAGAGCCUCAAGACAUUAUCCUCGGUCCCCCUCGGCGUUUUCAACGCGUGGAUCGCCUUGCUCUGCCGCCUCCACACCCGAGCGCCACGGCAGGAGGGCAUCUUUACCGAGUCGCUGGACGAGCCCCGGGACGAAGCGGCGUCGGACGAUGACGCAAAUGGCGGAGCCAAGCACGAGCGCCGCUCCCGGCAGGUUUCCCAGGGCGGCUCAAUACAGGAGGCUAUCGAGCUUGCCACGGCGUUCCAAAGGGAAAAUGCAAGGGCGGCUAACCACGACAAGGCUCCGUGGCAUACCAUCAUGCAGGCCCUGGCGGGGCGCAAGCUAUUGCACAGCCGGUUGGGAGCAGAGUUCAACGUCCUUGAGACGCUGACGACUUUCCUGAGGAUUUUUGAGCGGACGACCGAGUCCAAGGGCGUGGACCCGGUGUCGUUCGAAGCGCUAUGCGUCAUGAUCCGCAAGGCGUUGAAAUUGACGACUUUUCAAAGGGCGGAGGGAGGACAGAUGGUUGUCCGUCCGCAUAUUGCCAGCACCAAGGUCAUUGAGACCUUCAUCUAUAAAGCGCACCGGUACAUGACGAAGACGUUCGAGGCCAUUACCGCGCCAGUCCCGGAAUUCCUUGAGGAUACCGAGCCUGAAGCUAUUAGCGGACUCGGAUCCGAGAAUGACGGCGUCGAAGAGGCGGAUAACGGCGGCGUGACACCGGAGAUGCUCCGCUACAAUGUCGUCGGGCGGCCCGUCCAUAAAUACAUGUUGGCUUUGGCGUGCUGCGGCGACCACAAGGAGAUGGUGCGGGUCAUCGACUGGCUGCUCGACGGGUGGGACCGCGAGUACAUACGCGAAGAGGCCAAGGCGUCGUACCACAUCGACUACCACUACACGAUGCGGACGAUUGCCUAUUUUGCGCGGAUGGGCAGGGAGCUCGUCGACCCGGCCGAGAUGGCGCGGCUGGAGCGGCGGCUCGCGGACAUGCGCUGGCAGAAGGGGUGUACCUGGUUCUGGCCCAAAGAGGGCUGGCAGGCCGAUGGCCCCGAUCUGCCGGAGCUAGAGACGGAUUUGGCAGCGAGACCCUCCUCACCAACUACGUCCGUUUUGCCCACCAUCACAUCACUUUCCGGCAGCGCGCGGGACUUCAAAGUCGAGCGCAGCAGGGGCAUAUGUGUCGAGCUAACAAGGUCAACGCUCAUCCACCCGAAGUCGCAGUACGAAGGGUACAUGCGGUCCCUGCAGCACAUGGCGACCAAGCUUCGCCAUUUCCGGUUCUACUUCGACGGGGUGCUGAGCCUGGGUCCUGUCGAGCAUUACAUCCAACAAGUCGAGGUUUCCGGUUUGCCAAUCGGCAACUACGGCACAACUCACUCGACCGUCCAAGGCCAAAUCUGGAUCCGGUCACGCCUUAAUUCCAAGAAGGAGAUCUACUACCUCCUCAAGAAACCUCGGGUCGAGUACGAACGUUUCUACACACCGUUUCUAUGGAUAGCUGAUCUCGCCAAGCACGUCGUCGACUACUCGGCCUUCAUGAUUCAACAAAGGCGCCGGGUCGAGAUCAACUCGUUCAAGUCGCAUUUUUCGCAAUGGCUGGCCGACACUCACGGCCAGUCCGCCGAGUUCCAGAAUUGGCGACGGAAGCAUCCCAGCGACGACUACCGCACUGGGCGCACCAUGGCCGCUAAAGGCGCGGUUCAAGACGACAGGUGGUUCGGCCUGGUGCAGAAAGUCCAUGUCGCCAAGAAUGGCGCCCGCAGUUUCUACGUGACUUGGUUUUAUAGGCCCGUUGAGACGCCGUGCUGCAUGAUGAAAUACCCUUGGCCGAACGAGCUUUUCUUGUCGGACCACUGCACAUGCGAGGAAGGGCACGAGGCUCGCAUCAAGGAGCACCAAGUCUUGGCCACCCAUGACAUCGACUGGUUCGGCAGCCCCGAUGGCGAUAACGGCGAGUUCUUUGUACGGCAGACCUACGUCGUCGAGACCCGCCGCUGGGUUGCUCUUCAGGAAUCGCACAUGAGGUGCUGCCAUGGCCGGCAGAGCCUUGCGUUCAAGACCGGCGACACCGUGCUGGCCUCGAUGCUCAACUCCCAGCCUUUCACUGAAGUUUACGAGGUGGUCAAGGGUUUUAGGCAAGGUCAGACCAUCUUUGUGCGGCUACGACGCUUGCUGCGGAGGAACCAGAUCGAUCCUGGCGCGGAUGCCCCACCGAACGAGCUGGUGUACACCGACGAGCUUCUUGUAGCCAAGCCGGACAGGGUGAUCGGCAGAUGCCUCGUUCGGUUUCUCAGGGCUGGAGAGCCCAUACCCACGCCGUACGACAGAGGUGGCACUGGCAACUUGUUUUACAUCAUCCAUAGGCUCCAGCCCCAAAAUGGCAGCACCUCGAAAUGUAUGCCUUUCAACGGCGAGUUCCCGGCUUCGUUGCGGCAAGGGUUUGAUCCGACUCAGCAGACGUUCCGCAAACUCAGGGGGAUGGACCUGUUCUGUGGAAGCGGCAACUUUGGGCGGGGACUUGAGGAGGGCGGUGCGGUUGAGAUGCGUUGGAUCAAUGACAUCUGGGACCGAGCAAUCCACACGCUGGCUCUCGAGGGGAAGUACUGUGACAACGUCCCUCGGCCCGGCGAGGUCGAGUUCAUCUCGGCCGGCAGCCCAUGUCCCGGGUUCUCCCUUCUGACGCAGGACAAAAAAGCUCUCGCCCAAAUCAAAAACCAGUCGCUAGUAGCGUCCUUCGCCUCCUUUGUCGACUUUUACCGGCCGCAAUACGGCAUCCUGGAGAACGUCUCCAGCAUCGUCCAGUCACAUCGUAACCGGUCCGAGGACGUGCUCUCGCAACUCUUCUGCGCCAUCGUCGGCAUGGGCUACCAAGCGCAGCUCGUCCUGGGCGAUGCCUGGUCCCACGGUGCCCCCCAAAGCCGCAACCGCAAGCUCCCCAAAGCCCCCCUGCUGUCCCAUUCUCACUUCUCCGAGGUUACCAAUCGCGGACUUGGGCAACUGUGUAACGGCGAGGCCUUUGUCCGCCGCUCCUUUCAGCUCACUCCAUUCAAUUACGUCAGCGCCGGCGAAGCCACAGCCGACCUCCCGCUCAUCGGCGACGGCAAGGCAGAACCCGCCAUCGCCUUCCCUGACCACCGCGUUAGCGUCACCGUAUCGUCGACCCUCCGAGCGCAGAUCGCUGCCAUCCCCACGAAACCCCACGGCAUGUCCUUUGCCACCGCCUGGCGCAAGGGCCACGGCGGCGUCAUGUCGCGCUCGGACAGGGAGCUUUUUCCCGAGAAGGGGUUUCGGGUGCUAUCGAGCGCCUCGCUGGGCUGGGCCCGCGUUGACCCCGGCGGUGUCUUUCGAACCGUCACCACGAGCUGCCAGUCGACGGAUAUGAUGACGGGCACGAUUCUGCACUGGGCGGAUAAUCGGCCGCUGACGGUGCAGGAAGUCCGUCGCGCGCAGGGGUUUCCGGAUGAGGAGGUUCUGUUGGGGUCGCUGGCAGAUCAGUGGAAGUUGGUGGGUAAUAGUGUCGCGAGGCAGAUGGCGCUGGCGCUGGGGUUGAAGUUUCGGGAGCGGUGUGCUGCCGAUGGCGGUGGUGCUGCUACGAGGGAGAGCUUUGCGGCUGGGGUAAUGAGGGCUGAUAGGGUGCAAGCAGCACGUGCAGCGGCAACAGCGGCGCCGGCAACAAACGGUCAGCUUCUGAGCGCUUUCACCGAGGUCAUUGACCUGACGUCGGAACCCGAGGCAGAAGUUAUCCAGCAACACGAUAUCGCCAGGGACUUCAUCGACCUCGCCUCGCCUUCUCGACCAUCCUCUCAUCCCCUCGGCCCGGAGUCCAUGCGGGCCGCGAAAGUUGUGCGGAUGGACAGUCGCGAGCAGACGGCGGAGCGCUUUGAGGAGCGGGGGCUGGUGACUGGUGGAUCCUGGAUACCGAUGCGGACUAUGGAACACAUGUACGAGACUGCACCGGCAGCAGCUGCAGCUUCACGGGAAGAAGGAAUCAUGUUGGCGAGACAAGGGCCGACCGUUGUGCGUCUUUGGAGCCCAGACGAAUAAUUAAGCAUGGAUGGGUUGGAACUUUGGAAGGACAAUUCUAGUUGGCAGGUGUGCAUACAUUGGGAUAUCGUCCAUGAUUGAUACAUGCUAGAGUCGCAUACAUAUGUCGGGUACAAGAGGAGGGAGCAUUGUAUUCCAGCAUUGAGGGUUGCAUUGCAUAGGGGGUUGGUGUGCAUAUGCAUUUGGUAUGGAGUACCUGCAGCAUUUGGAACAGAAUAGAGACUUAAUAUCACUCCGUC